AUGCACGAGAGGCCGAGACGUCACGUGGAGUGCGUAACACUGGAUACUUCUCAAACGCCAUGCUCAUGCCCGCCGCCGGGAUCUCGAACCAGCCCGGUCAACUCAACAGCUCGCCAACCUCUCCCGACAUUAACCUUGUCCCCGCCUCUCCUACUCCCAAUUCCAACUAAUCAUGCACCCUUUUUGUUACCCCUCUCAUCAAUAGAGCCCCCUUCUUCGCUUUCCCGUACCUUUUCUAUUCUUCGAGGACGUCUCAUGCAUCUCUUCAACCCUCUCUCUCACUUCACUUCGCCUAUCCAAUGCAUCCUUUUUCUCGGACUACAUCUCCCCAACUUCCUUUUUCGGCACCUUCUUCCAACACACUGA